CACAUUCUCCCUCCUUUCCUUUUCAGACCUGAUAGGGUGAAUCUCCCGACCAAGCGAGCACUGUUUUAGCCUUUAGAUCAGACAGCUGUUACUAUUUGUUAGUUUUUCUGCACUAAUCCGAGUCCCUUUCGCGUGAAUCCGGUCCGCCGGACCCGGGACCAGACAGACACCAUGGGCUGCGCCGGGUUCACCUGCUCCAAACACUCCCUGGGGGCGCUCAACAUCCUCUACGUGAUGGUGAGCCUGCUGAUGAUCGGGAUCGCCGCGUGGGGGAAGUGGUUCGGCCUGGUGUCCAGCUUCCAGGUGGUGGGCGGCGUCAUCGGGGUGGGGGUCUUCCUGUUCUUCGUGGCCCUGGCCGGCCUCAUCGGCGCCAUGAAGCAUCACCAAGUCCUCCUCUUCUUCUACAUGAUCGUCUUGUUCAUGGUGUUCAUCGUGCAGUUCUCCGUCUCCAGCGCAUGUCUGGCCAUCAACAAAGAGCAGCAGGAGCAUCUCCUGGAGGUGGGCUGGAACAACUCUCAGAGCACCCAGAGGGACGUGGAGAAGAGCUUCAACUGCUGCGGCUUCAGGCAGGUGGAGUACAACUCCACCUGCGACGCUGCCUGCUACCCCAACAACUCGUGCUCGCCGUGCGGGGAGCAGAUCCAGGCGCACGCGGGCCAGGUGCUGCGCUACGUGGGCGGCCUGGGCCUCUUCUUCAGCUUCACUGAGAUGCUGGGGGUUUGGUUCACGUACCGCUACAGGAACCAGAAAGAUCCGCGGGCCAACCCCAGUGCCUUCCUCUAGAGACCCCCCAGACACGACGCCCCUCUGCACUGUCCGCUCACUUCUGCGCUGAUCUCCUCAUGUAUGUUGUUUUUAUGAAGGUGUUUUUAUUUAACGAGAGGUGUGUACCGCUACUGAACAGAAAUACAGAUCACUUUGGACUUGAAGGAUGCUGCAUGUACCGGGUUUUUAUUCUGAGUGAGAGGUUUGCAUGACGUCCAUUAUCUAGAACCCCUGCAGAGGCAACCAGAAACAUGGUGUAUAAACAUGCUGUUAACAUGGUGUUAACAUGGUGUUAACAUGGUGUUAAGAUGGUGUUAGCAUGGUGUGUAAACAUGGUGUUAACAUGGUCUAUAAACAUGUUGUUAACAUGGUUUAUUAACAUGAUGAAUGCACCAUGUUUGGGAAAUAGUUUGUGUCCAUUUUGCUGUGUAUGAAAAUAUGUAUGCAGGCCUGCUUUUUCUAUUUAACUCCAUCAAUUGUAUUCAAAUAUGUUUUUAUUGAUCUUAACUGUGAAACGCUAAAAUCUGCUGAAUGCAAUAAUGUCAAUCUUUAGCACUAAUGAUCACAGUAAGUUAUUCAAAACUGAAUUUCAAGGUUCCUGAUUGUGCACCUGUUGUAGUUGAGGUUUGUGUGUGUGUGUGUGUGUGUGUGUGUGUGUGUGUGUGUGUGUGUGUGUGUGUGUGUGUGUGUGUGUGUGUGUGUGUGUGUGUGUGUGUGUGUGUGUGUGUGUGUGUGUGUGUGUUUCCUAAUGCUCCACGGCUGGUGGCCGUCGUGUGUUUUCUGCCUUCUGCAUGAUUCUGAGUAACGCGCUACUGGGAAGCUACUUAUUCGUCUCUUUGUACUGUACAGAUUAAACCGAAACAAAAUGUAUAAUUUCAUGCUAUUGUUUUGAGUUUGAGAUCCAAUUGAUGUGAAAAUGUAUUCAACCUCGAAAGGUUAAUAAAACACGU